AACUGGCUGUCAGGGAGAAAAGGCAGCUAACCAUGGCUGUGCGCAUCAUACGUGGAAUGGAAGACCUGGUGGCUUCGGGCAGCCAGAUCGUCUGGAGCCUGGCACAUCAGACCUUGAGGAGGUGGUACAAUCGUGGGCUGAUGCCAUGCAGACGCUUCCUAGAAGCCUGGUUCAGGAUUGGAAAAUGCUACCAGAUGACCGAGGGCCGUCUGUGCCAGGUUCACCUCCUGGAUGGCAGGAAGCUGGAGCUGCUGGUUCAGCCCAAGCUGUUGUCCCGUGAGCUGUUAGAUUUGGUGGCUUCACAUUUUAACCUGAAAGAGAAAGAAUACUUUGGAUUGUCCUUCAUAGAUGACACUGGCCAGAAUAACUGGCUCCAGCUGGAUCGUAAAGUCCUUGAUCAUGACUUCUCCAAGACUUCAGGGCCUUUGGAGCUCAAGUUCCUUGUGAGGUUUUAUAUUGAGAAAAUCACCUUCCUGAAAGACAACACAACAGUGGAGCUGUUCUUCCUGAACGCUAAAUCCUUAGUGUUUAAUGAAACCAUCGAAGUGGAGAGUGGAAAUGUUUUCAAAUUAGCCGCAUUCGCAUUGCAGGAGGCCAAAGGAGAUUACGCCAGUGCUGAGACUGCCAGAUCAGACCUGAAGCAGCUCCCAGUUCUGCCCACCAAAGUAUUAAGGGAGCACCCAUCUCUCAAUUACUGUGAGGACAAAGUGAUUGAACAUUACAAGAAACUGAAGGGGCUGACCAGAGGACAAGCCAUUGUGCAGUAUCUGGCCCUGGUGGAGUCCCUGCCGACAUAUGGAGUCCAUUAUUACCCAGUGAAGGACAAGCAAGAAAUACCGUGGUGGCUGGGAGUCAGCUACAAAGGCAUUGGCCAGUACGAUUUGCAAGAUAAGCUGAAACCAAGAAAGUUGUUUCAGUGGAAGCAGUUGGAGAAUUUGUAUUUCCGCGAAAAGAAAUUUGCUGUGGAAGUGAACGACCCACACAGAAGAACAGUGACCAAGCGAACCUUCGGACAGACUGGCCUGGUCAUUCACACGUGGUAUGCCAGCCACUCUCUGAUUAAAACCAUCUGGGUGAUGGCCAUCAGUCAGCACCAGUUCUACCUGGACAGGAAGCAAAGCAAAUCAAAGAUGACCACGACCAGGAGUUCAGGAGACAUCGCCAUGGACCUCACAGAGAUCUGCGCCCCGCGGAUCAGUAAACUUUCCAGCAUUGAGAGCAAAGACCAGCUCAUCAUGGCCAGCAAUGGCAGCCUCAUCUCAGCCGGUUCUGCUGACUCUGAAGUCAGCGAGGAACAGAAGAAAGAGAAGGUUGCCGAGUUGAAAAAGAAAGAAAAGGCGCUUCAAGACACGCUGACACAGAAACUUGAAGAACUGAAGAUGAUCUGCAUGAGGGAAGCUGAGCUUACAGGCCGUUUGCCUAAAGACUAUCCCUUAGCCGCAGGUGAGAAGGCUCCUCAUGUACGACGGCGUGUUGGGACAGCCUUCAAGCUGGAUGACCUUUUCCCCUACGAUGAGGACCCACAUCUGAGGAAUCUUGAGAGCAGGUUCGCCUUGCAGCAGAAGAUUGUGGAAGCAGCCAUCAAGUUAUCCAACGAGGAUGACCUCGCCAAGACAGUGAAGAAGAAAAGGAGAAACAACUGUCUGGAUGCAAUGAGGAAGCUGGAGGAGAUCGAAAAAGAGAUCAACGCCUACAGGAUCAAGAAAGGAAAGAAACCCACCCAGAGAGCCUCACUGAUCUUAGCAGAUGAUGUCAACCCUUCAGACCUAAGCUCUCUAUCUGACAGCCUCACUCUAGAUGAUGAUGACGAGCUCAUUUCCCAGAGGCAGAGGUCCAGAUCGGUUCAGUAUUCCCCAAGACCACACCACGCAGAAACUCUGGACAUUCACUACAGCAAAGACAGACGGUCUUCUGCCAAUGACCAGCAAGCAGACAGCAGAUUAAAUUACGGCCAAGUCCAGGAAUCACUCCACUACAGUCACCGUGAUGCCUUAUCAAGCCACAGCAGCCCAUUUAAACCGGCUUCCAGACAGCCACGUGAUGCCCGCAGCAUGCCCCCCACCCCCCUCCUCACCCGCAAUGCCUACAGCAGCACCCAGCUUAGAUCAGAGGACGCUCCGCAACAUUUCCGCCAGCGUAGCGGUAGUCUGGAGUCCCAGUCCCAGUUCGUGACAGAGACCGAACCUCCUGUGCCAACGUUCACCUUCUCCCCAGCUCGACGCAGCAACAGCACUGAGGUCCUCGAUGACGGCUCCUCCUACACAAGCCAAUCCAGUGUGGAGUACAGCGUCCCCGGUAACCACACCCACAGACGCAAAGCUCGCGGUCGCCACAGAAAAGACAUGUACGCCAACACGGGCAGCAUGCCCAACCUGGCUCAACCAGACGCCCGCUCCUACGCCUACCAGCCCCGACCCCGACCCACCACAACGGCUUACUACGUCACCGGCUAUCCCAGCCAUGCAGAACCAGAGCCGUACUCUAAUGGAGUCUACAUGUAUGACAAUGAGAUGGAGGGGCACUAUAACGUCAACCCUUCCUACCACCCAACCCCAACAGCUUAUCACAGCCACGACAUGCACAGUCACUAUGGUAACGACGAGAUAGACGGCAUGUCGCAGAACCCGUACGCCACACUGCGGCCACCAAGGAACCGCCCCGUUCCCCGCAGCAACGAGCAGGUCACCAAGAACAUCCAGAAGGCUUUGGUGGCGGAACACCUGAGAGGCUGGUACCAUCGCAACGCUGCGCACAAACAGCCAGCGUACAACUACGACUAUGACAGAGGCUCCCAGCAGAGCCUGGGCUAUCAGACCAUGCCUGCACCCUACAGCCACAACAACAGAAACACCUCCUACUCCUCAGUGUCCUUAGUGUCCUCAAGUGGAAACUGGCACAGCCAUAUGAGUGGUGGUGGUGGUAUGCUGGAAUAUGACAUGCCUGUGCAUGCGCCGCAGUCCUACUCUUACAGUACAGCCCCCUACAGCCACUCCGCCCACAACAGAUAUGGCACCUCCCAGCUUUUUAAGGGCUCCUGGCACAGCCCUGACGGCCAGAGGCGCUGUGCCUUUUUCCCUGCUAGUUCUUCCUCUUCAGCUUCCUCCUCCACUGCCUCCCUGCCCUCCUCCUCCUUUCCCUCCUCCUCCUCCUCCUCCUACUCCCCUGGCUGUCGGGUCAGGCAGGUGACCUCCAGCCCUGCACAGCCACAAUCCUCCAGAGGGCACAGGCUCAGUAAGGUGUCCUUUGUGAAAGGUAGUUCAUAGUAAGUAAACAGCAAUGGCCGGAGCCUGUGCGUUUGCUUCUUUUAGUCUGUCUGCAAUGUGACUCCAUAGUCUGCUUGUUGAUGUUUUGAAGUGAACUUUGCAUUUUUGAGAUGUUUGACUGCUCCUUCAUUGUCAUGUACAAUAAGAUAAUUGCAUGGCUUUUUCAAAAACAUGCCUGCCCUAUUUCCUCUUCCAGCUGGCAUAUUGUCAUCCAGUGGUCACAUUCUGCAGUGUGCCUUUAGUGCUCAGAUUUUUUUUUUGGUUUGUUUGUUUUCUCUCUGCCGCUUGCCUUCCUCUUGGCCCAUAUAGAGGCUCCCUGCCCAUGUGCUGCCAUUCACCCAUGACCUUUGCCCCCUUCUCAGGCACAGAUGUCCCACAGAGUUUGAGUGGCGGAGCUGUGAUAGGAUGGCGUGCCCUGCGGGGCCUUUAGAGAGGUGUGGGGCUGUUGCCUAUGCGUCUGACCAGGAAAAUUUACCCCCUCCCCCCAAUAAUCAGAGUCACAGCACAGAAGAAAGGGUGAGAGACGAGACUGUAAAACUUGCCCACAUGGUUAUCAUGGUGAUGGUGAUGUGUCUUUUUUUUAUAUAUAUAUAUAUAUAUGUGGCAGGGACUAGAAGAAAGCUCCAAAUGAUUUCAUAUUACUCUUCCUGAUUUUUGGUUUAUUUCUCUGGGUGUCCUGCGGUGGUGGGAGAGCACUUGUGUGGCAGAGGAAAAAAUGUGACCCCUGAGUAUAGUCGCAUUUGAAGGCUAUGCGUUUGCAUAAUGUCUGUGUGCAUCUGCUGUUUUGUUGGGUGUGAAUGUUUGACCCUGGGUUUACCCUCUGAAACUGAGAUAACCAUUAACAUGCCUGAAACAUACGAGGUAACUUGGUACAUGAAUGUUUUUAUUUGUUUUUUAACCUUUCUUCUUUUAUUUUACUUCCUGAUCUUGGCACUACAAAGCUGCAAUAUGACAGGAUCGUUUUGACAGCCCAGGGUUAAUUCAUUCUAAACUCAUAGUUAACCACUCACAAGCUACACUCGGUGUGCCACCUGUCUAACGUGUUUCAUCUCGUGUGUUUAUUUCAGAUCCUUUAUAGAUGUCAGCCAAAUGGACCCACACAUCAGUAAUCAAAUGAACACUAACCUGGAGCCAGAAGACCAGAUUCACUGGCACGAAGACUCGAAACCAGGAACAAUAGUGUAGUUGCCCAUCUGCUGUAUUCAUUUCUCACCUUGACAAGUUGUCACUGUGCCUUAAACUGCACUUACCUGUUUCGUGUCCAUGGGAUCCAAAGAAUGAAGGAACUGAUUCUGUGGAAUUCAGCUUUUAAAGAAAAUGAAGUCUUCUUCUUCUCUUGAAUGCCAAACUGGUUUUAAAUCAUAACAAAAAAAAAAACCCACAAGAGCAUCUACAUGUCUGGAUUGCGAGUGUUUGUGGUGAUGGCACUUGGUGAUGCACUGAAACUAUACCAGGACCUGCUGUGGACUGUGUGGUAUAGCCAAAGGGAAUGUGGACUAAAUCUCUUCAGUGUUUCUCCGUAGAGAUAGCGACUUCACAAACCAAGAACUAGGAGCGUCUCUGUAAAAGGAUACUUAGCCGCAGUGAACAACGAGAAUGACUCAUCCUGUUCUGCCACUUACACACAUGUAUGAGCACUGUAACCAUGAAGGAUUGGACAAGGAUUGAUAAGGCCUUUAUCAAAAUGAAGGAUUGAACUCAUUAAAAAUGAGUCAAAAAAGAUGGCUUCUUCCUGGAACAUUCUGCAGUCACCAGAUCAAAUGUUGUCAAAGCAUCGCUUGUAGCUACUACAGUGCUUCCUAUACUUUUGUUUGUCAUUUACAAAGUAUCAGAUCUUUCUCACUGUCAGUACUUGCUAAUACAAUUGAGCCAAAUGCAUCUGUCACACCAUUUGAGUAUUACCCAAAGUCACCAACUUUGAUAUCACUGCCACAUCUGAAAAGUCACUGCAGGAAGACAGAAUAUCCAGUUUUGUUGUUGUUGUUUUUUUAUUUUUAUUUUAACAUGGUUAUUUCAUCCAUGCUGGAAAUCAUGGACUGGUGCUCACAAUUUCUCUUUAGAGAAUGAAGCUGUAUGUAAAUGUUGGUAUUGUAAAUACACUGGUCGUCUUUUUUUUUUUUUUAGAGCAUUUUUAUGUAUUUGAAAAGCAUGUAAUAUAUAGUAAACAAUUGUUGUUAAGUUGUUAAGCUGGUUCUUAGUAAUUUGUAUAAUUGCAUUUGUUUGAAUUAAAAAAAAUCAGCAUUUGAAUCAGC